GCGGCCGAGGGUCUCGACGUCAGCGGCCUCGGCGCGGGCACGGUGCAGCGCGCGCCCGCGCAGCAGAACGCCGCGGACUGCGGCGUGUUCCUGGUGGAGAACGCGCUCCGGUUCCUGAGCGGCGGGGACGGGCACCUCGGCAGCGGCGAG